AUUUUCGUAAUUUUCCAAUGCAGAAACCAGAGUACAGUACAGUACUGUACUUGUAUUUGCAGUUAAGACUGUUGCUUCAUGUUCUUUAUUUAGAAGUUUUGUUUAAAACCCGCCCUGGCUCUUUUUUGUUUAUCUCUCUUCAUACUGUAUAUGUAUUGAUAACUUGUUUGGCUUGUUUUCUGUGAUUUGUAAUCUGAUUUGUACAAUGAAGAUUGUUCAAAAGAAGGAAGAAGAAGGCACUCCAUCCAAUAGGCGGCGAUAGAGGCGUAAUAUCAACAGACUUCAUCCGAUUGUUUACAGCGCUUCAAACGGUGCGUUGGCGUUCACCACUGCCAUCAGUAUAACCUUGCAAUUUGAGUGCAAAUCAUUUGCUUUUGUUCAAUUAUCGAGUGACCACGAGUGGCCCGUCUUCAAUUGUCACCCAAGUGUUGUCGGACGGAAAGUUUUUGCCGUUGUGUCACAUGCUGGAGUUGCCGCGUGAAGAUGCACUCAAAAAGACCUGAGUAUGGCCAAAGGCAGACCCAUGGUGACAGAGACAGAAGAUGGAGGGAUGAAUAUGAUAAAAGACAGGAAGAGAGGUAUGAAUACCAUCGAAAUGGACAAUGGGAUUCCUAUCAUCAUCAUGGUCGAAGUGGUUCUGGCAGAACAGAGAGAAGCAGCAUAAGUACAGACUACAGCGACUCCCCUCAAAAACGGUACUCUAAAGACUCCCUGGUCAGAGACAGAGAUGCAGAUAGGAGGAGCCCAGUGAGGGGACGCUUGUCCUCUCCGGACAGGAGGAUUGCUGAAAAGAAAAGGCGAAGGUUCACAGAUGACAGCCGCGAUGCCUACAGCUACGGAUUUGAGCCUGAUGGCAAAAAAUAUAGGCAGUCGCCAGAUCAUUUUCCAAGGGAUUAUAAACAUCCGUUGCCUCAGGAAGUCAGAAGGAGUAUGCAAGAUUCUAGAAUCCAUCACAGACAUGAAGAGUUUACUUCCAGGUACCACCAGCCCUAUGAUUCCAGUCAGAGACAGCUGUCGACGCAUAACAAAGCGAGAGAGGAUCAAGGAAGAAAUCACAGUUGCUCACCGGAAAGGAACCUUCCCCAAGAUGACUCAAAAAAGAGAGAUGUCAAAUCCAGAGAAAGGAAGAAUAGCUCUCCUGCAUACGGUACGGAUCGAGCAAGGAAUUAUUUGGAUGCAUCUAAAAGACAGUCUUUGGAGGAUGUGACCAAGCCCAGUCACGAUAUACCUGAGAAGAAAUUUUCCAAUGGUUUCCAACGGUUCCUUGAUGUACUCAAUAAAGGCGUGGAUGUGGAAGUACUCAACCAGAUUGUGAUUCAGACCCCUGGAAAAGACUGUGGUCAUCCACCAUCUGCAGCAUCUUCCCACAAUGCCGCGGAUCAUCCCUGCGUCCCAGGAGAGCAGGUAGGUCAACAAAAUGUCAGCAAAUGGAACGAAGAGAAUUUUGGAGACGAAUGCCACAGGCAGCCUUUUCCACAGUCCUUCAGCCCAAAGAGGAGCUCUCCUUAUGAUGACAGGUCAGUGCAGAGGAGUGAUGUAGGACAAGGCUGCACAAGGUCCAAGUUGCCUCCUGUGGCGGAGAAGAAAAGACUGACACCGGACGAUGAGCACAAGCACCAGCAAAUUCAGGAAGUAUUGCAGGCCAUUGGGGUGGACUUGGGAUCCGAAGAGUUGGGCCAAAUGUCGCACCGGAUUAAGGAGCGAUUAUACGGGAAGAAAGAAAGCCACUGGAGCUACCAGAGUGUAGGCAGCAGGGAAAGGGUCACAAGAUCAGUCUGCUCUCCAAGGCGCCGCAGCAGGUCAAGGUCAUCAUCUUCCUCAGCCUCAUCAUCCAGCAGAUCAAAACAUUCAUACAGUGACUACUCUGUUCACAGAGACUCAUACAAUGCUCAGAGUAAUUUCAAAGAGGAUCAAGCCUGGGUCCCUUCCGCCACCAGCAACAGUAGAGCUUCACUAGAUCAUCAGAAAUGUGAAAUCCAAGCCACCGUUUCUCCAAAUGCGACCUGCACGACUUUAAGACCCACAAUGCUCACGACGCCAGCCUACGGUCCCGUGAAUACUUCCCCAAUGGUGUACCCGCCUCUGUUCCCCAACAUUUCCAACGUCGGACCCAGGCUUCUUUAUCCUCCCCUGCAAUCUUUGCCUCCUCACACUCCCCUACUCCCUUUCCCCUGUCGGCCUCCCUUCAUGACGUACUCUUGUCCAUCGCCUUUGAAUGUCCUUCCAUCUGUUCUCGCUCAAACGAGGCACCUUCUUCCGCCGCCAAUGAGUAACAUCCAACCAUCAUUUUUAAACCUGCCAAAUGCACCAGUUGCGUUGCCCAAGAUAGAUACUCCUACAAAGUCUAAAAUGUUACCAAGGCCUCGUUGUUUACUGGUAAUUGAUACAAAACAGCCCAGUUAAAUGCUCAAUUUGGAGAUGAAAUCUGUUUAUUUCUGUGUACACAUGGACUAAAUUGUCAGCACUCUGUUAAUGAAAGAAAAAUCCACAAUGGUCACUGCAAUAACUUGUAACUGACAAGCGGGAAUGAAGAAAUAAAGCUACUGAAAAACAACCAAUGAAAAUUAGACAUUGCUUUUGAACUGUGGGGUCAGUGAAAGUAAA